AUGUCCCUGGUGGUGAAGGAGAAGAACCACGUGCGGUUGGUCUUCUUGGGCGCCGCCGGCGUGGGCAAGACAGCCCUCAUCCGCCGCUUCCUGAUGGACACCUUCGAGCCCAAGCACCGGCGCACGGUGGAGGAGCUGCACAGCAAGGAGUACGAGGUGUGCGGGGCCACGGUCAAGGUGGAAAUCCUGGACACCAGCGGCAGCUACUCCUUCCCGGCCAUGAGGAAGCUCUCAAUCCAGAACAGCGAUGCUUUCGCCCUGGUCUACGCCAUAGACGACGCUGAGUCCUUCGAGAGCAUCAAGAGCCUGCGGGAGGAGAUCCUGGAGGUGAAGGAAGACAAGUUCCCUCCCAUCGUGGUGGUCGGCAACAAGGCGGAGAGUGGCAGCGAGCGGCAGGUGCCGGCGGAGGAUGCCUUGUCGCUGGUGGAGCUGGACUGGAACAGCCGCUUUGUGGAGACGUCGGCCAAGGACAACGAGAAUGUCCUGGAGGUCUUCAGGGAGCUGCUGCAGCAAGCUAACCUGCCCAGCCGGCUCAGCCCGGCGCUCUGCAAGAGGAGGGAGACGUUGCCCAAGGAGCAGGCGCUCCGGCCUCCCAUGAACAAGACCAACAGCUGCUCGGUGUGCUGA